UUUCACUUUUGGCUAUUGUUGACCUUUCACUGUUUUCAUUUUUUGCCAUCAAAUCAAACCCUGCCCCUUCUUUCGCUUGCGAAAGAAACCUUACCUUAUUAACACUAUUGGUUUUGCAUUGAAUAAGAAGGGAGUAUGAGUAUCACACAGAAAUUGGGCAUCAAGAUUGAAACAAACCCUUCCGAGGAAAAACUCACUCAACUCGGUGUUAGACAAUGGUCCAAAUGGGGUUGUCCUCCAAGCAAAUUCCCUUGGACUUAUGAUUCGAAAGAGACAUGCUAUCUCCUAGAAGGAAAAGUUAAGGUAACACCAAGUGGAGCAAAUGAGUCCGUUGAAUUUGGUGCUGGUGAUUUGGUUGUGUUUCCUAAAGGCAUGACUUGUACUUGGGAUGUUUCUGUUGCUGUCAACAAGCACUAUAUCUUUGAAUAACUCCUAAAUGUGGUUGGUACCUUUCAUGUACGAAAUAGAAGGACUUUGAUUAACUUAUUUGGCUGUAAGAUUUCUAGUGAAUUAAGAACUUUGAAGUGGUUAGCUUUUGUUGUUAAAAGUUUAUCUUGCUCUUAUUUUCUCAAAUUUUGUUGUCUAGUUUGGAAAUCCCAUGUAUGUCUAGUUUGGAUAUCCCAUGUAUCACAAAUUAAUAGUGAAGUUAAUGUGUGAAUUUCUUUACAAGAUUAUCAUUUUGCUA